ACUAUUAUAUACCGCUUCCAUUCCCUUCUUUCUUCCAUUAUAUCACUCACUCCCAUUCAUUAGCCACCGUCACUGUUAUCGUCACAUUCUUCUUCUUCUUCUUGAAGAACAAUGGCGCGCGUAGAUCUGGACGGUAACGCUAUCAAGCCGUUGACGAUCUGCAUGAUCGGCGCCGGCGGCUUCAUCGGAUCGCACCUCUGCGAGAAACUAAUGUCUGAAACUCCUCACAAGGUUCUCGCGUUGGACGUGUACAACGACAAGAUCAAACACCUUCUCGAACCCGAUUCUCUUCCUUGGGCUGGUCGCAUCACUUUCCACCGUCUCAACAUCAAGCACGAUUCGAGGCUCGAAGGCCUUAUCAAGAUGGCAGAUCUCACAAUAAAUCUGGCUGCAAUUUGUACUCCCGCGGAUUACAACACACGCCCUCUCGACACCAUUUACAGCAAUUUCAUCGACGCGCUCCCUGUGGUGAAGUACUGUUCGGAAAAUAACAAGCGGCUUAUUCAUUUCUCUACUUGUGAAGUGUAUGGGAAAACAAUUGGAAGCUUUCUGCCCAAAGAUAGCGCCCUUCGUAAGGAUCCGGCAUACUAUGUUCUUAAAGAAGACGAGUCUCCCUGCAUUUUUGGUUCAAUUGAAAAGCAGAGAUGGUCAUAUGCAUGUGCAAAACAAUUGAUUGAGAGGCUGAUUUAUGCUGAGGGUGCUGAAAAUGGCUUGGAGUUCACAAUUGUGAGGCCUUUUAAUUGGAUUGGACCAAGAAUGGAUUUCAUUCCUGGCAUUGAUGGUCCGAGUGAGGGCGUUCCUCGGGUUCUGGCAUGCUUUAGCAAUAAUCUCCUCAGGGGAGAGCCCCUCAAGCUUGUGGACGGUGGCCAGUCCCAGAGAACCUUUGUUUACAUUAAAGAUGCUAUUGAAGCUGUCUUAUUGAUGAUUGAAAAUCCUGCCAGGGCCAAUGGUCAAAUCUUUAAUGUGGGUAACCCAAACAAUGAGGUUACAGUUAAGCAGCUUGCUGAAAUAAUGAUUCAGGUUUACUCAAAGGUAAGUGGAGAACAAACUCCUGAAACGCCUACGAUUGAUGUAACCUCUAAAGAAUUUUAUGGUGAGGGAUACGAUGACAGUGAUAAGAGAAUUCCUGAUAUGACCAUAAUAAACAGACAGCUUGGAUGGAAUCCUAAGACUUCACUUUGGGACCUGCUUGAAUCUACACUGACCUAUCAGCACAGGACAUAUGCUGAAGCUGUUAAGAAAGCCAUUGCAAAACCUGUUGCAAGUUGAAGCUUACAGGGUGUGCUUCAUAUGACAAGGUGUUCUUCCCUACGUGUUAUUCCCAAUCCCACCUUACAUAUAUUUCACCGGUUGAUUUUAUUUAAAUGGUAAAUUUCCUCCCUUUUGUUUUCGGUAGCCAAUAGGCAAUAGCCCACGUUAGCCCAUGCCUUAAUGUGUGUUCGUCGAGAAGUAGGAAUUUAUCUAGGGUCAUCUGUGAUGCUAUGUAAUUUUAAUGUGUGUUAAGUCAUUUUAUAUUUCUAGGGAAGAUGUUUUUUGGUGUUUUAGAGGUCUGUCAAUCAUCUGUGUUGUCUUUCCAGGUCAGUUGUAAGUUGUAACAUUCUGUUUGGCCCUCUUAAGCCAUGUGUUCUAAAUUAUUUUUUAUUAAUUUAUUUUAUGAAUAACUUUUGUUACAAAUUCCCCCUCUUCGAUGUUGCUAUCUAACAUUAUUCCGAUACUUCAUGGACUGAUGAUAAACUUGUAAACUGACAAUUAAUUACUAGUUGAAAGUUAUUAAGC